GAUCCUAUGUUGCAUUUGCUUGAAAUAUGAUGUCGCUAUCGUGUUACUUUUCCAUCUUUUUCCAACAAUAUGCUUUUAUCCUACAUUGUAACGAUAUUUUAGAAAACAUAUAUUUUACAUAAAUUUUAAACAUGGCGCUUUAAGACAAGGAAACUGAGCAUAUCAAGUGAAAGUUUGACACAUAUUGUUGUGACAACAGCGUUUGUUAUGGUUUUGGGGAACACCACAAAUGUAGAGAGGAAACUGUUGUAGAGUUCCACUGCUCGACAGGAGAAAACUCCAUCGCGAUUGAAUCGCGAUGGCGGGAGGGUGAGAGGAUAAAAGGGCCGGAGGACGGACUCCCGGCCUCUUUUCGCGCCAGUUACUCGGAGAAUAAACUAAUUUUGUGAUUUUUCGCCGUUAGAAAUAUCUACUUAAUUUUCUUUGAGUACCUUUUCGCAACAUUUCACAAAAUUAGUUCUUCACAGUGAUAAAUAUACAAACUUUGGAUUCGUUCACCACACUGAAACGUAUAUAAAUCUUCAACCGAAGUAAUACGAACAAACGCGCGGAAUAACUCGUAAAUCUUUCAGUUGAAAGUAUAGUGAAGACGCCGCGAACGUGCAGUGACGAGUAAUCGUUUGUAGUAUUCCGAAGUUACGCGCGCGAUACGAUCGUAUAUAAAUCUCGCCACCGGGAGUAGUGCGAAUCCGCGAGUGACACAAACCGUGAAGGAACGUUGUUUCGUUGCGAUGAUGAACGAAAGAGCAGUACAGGACGCAAGCUGUGUGGUGGUGGAGACGCAGCAGCAGCUAGGUGAAACGUCCAGCAUCUCCCCGGAGAGGCGCGUGAGCGUCGUGGAAGAUGCUGCAAACAAAGACGAGUCAGCCUCGCAGCCCGCGGGACUACCCCGCGACCUGGAGGUGAGGAGGAAGCGGCUUGAGAUCCGCAGGAAACAGUUUGAGCUCGAGAAGGUUCAGAAGGAGCUCGAACUGGAACUAUGUGAACUGGAACUCGAGGAAGAGAUUUCAGAUCGAGGCAGCCAUGUAAGCGAUUUUGUGCGGAAAACAGAAGUCUGGAUGCAAAAGACGAAUGAUAUUGGAACAAACUUGAUGGUUCAUCACGAUGGCGAAUGCAUCGGUCAUUCACCUUCGACCACAGUGAAACAUAACUCGGCAACAACGGGCGCUACGCAGUUAGCCGCUGAAGCAACACCAACGUCAUCACGAGAGGAAUGCACGAUGGCGGACGCAAGCCGGUGUCAUCAACCAUCGUCCCCAGCAAUGUCCAGCUUCCCCCCGGAUUACGACCGGACCUUGGCAGAAGACCAAGCCGCUGCCAUGGAACGGGAAUAUGCACAGUGGAGACGCGCGGUGGAAGACUCCAUCAAAACGCACCGUACCAAGCACUUUGGCCAGCCAAACCAGGUUGGCGCGAUGGCGAUGGCGGCACCAUACGGCGUCAACUCGACGUUGAAGCCGACACCCGCGAAUCAAAAUGCCGUAAUGGGGAACCUUUUGACGCCAAGUCAAAAGGCCGCGCGGGAUAGCACACCCAAGGAGCUCCCUGUGUUCUCAGGGUCUGUGGAGCAGUGGCCGCUGUUCAUAGCCGUUUAUGAACGAUCCACCAAGGCUUGUGGUUUCACUGAUGACGAAAAUCUCAUCCGACUCCAGCAGGCGCUACGUGGACCUGCAUUAGAGUCCGUGGAUCACGUGCUUCUACUCCCGGACGGUCUAAAGGAAGUUUUAGACAUUCUGCGGACAGAGUAUGGUCGUCCCGACCUGAUAGUGGACAACCUCGUCGAUAAGGUGAGAAGGUUACCACCAGUCAGAGCCGAAAGGCUUGAUACCUUGGCGAACUUUGGCAAGGCAGUACGCAAGUUGUGCGCCACAAUAAAAGCGUCCGGUCUAGAAGAUUAUAAUUGCAAUGUUGCGUUGCUUAAGGAGUUAGUUGCAAAAUUACCGGCCGAGAGACGCCUGGAAUGGGCACGCUAUAAGGUGAAGUUACCGAGGAAGACCAUAGAAGAAUUCGGCAAGUGGUUUACUGAAAUUGCGGUGGCCGCGAGUACCGAGGUUAACCCGUUCGAAAAAUACACGCAACACACCGAAACGACGCGAUCACAACCGGCGCGCCGACCACUUACUAACCACCACCACCUAAACGUUCACCGUACCACUACAUGUGCGCUUUGCCACGAUACAUGUCGCACACUCGUAGAUUGCGCAAGGUUUCACGAGCUAACGAUCCAGGAACGUCGAGUUUAUAUUAACGAACAUCGUCGGUGCCAUAUAUGUCUCGGAACACACCGAGGUCCGUGUUUCGUCCGAUCUCCUUGCGGCAUGGACGGAUGCCAGGCGAAACACCACCAACUGCUUCACGUUGAAUGUGACACUACACAACGCAGCGGCAGCACACAACACGCACUGAACACUCACGUUAGCACUAAACCGAAUUCACUCUUUCGUUACAUACCUAUCACAAUAUACGGCGGGAAGAAGGAUGUCAACACUUACGCCUUCUUAGACGAAGGCUCCUCGGCGACGUUUAUUGAUCGAAGGUUGAUCGACGAACUUGGCAUUGAGGGCAUUCCACAUCCAUUGUGCCUGAAAAGGACUGGUGACACUACACGCGAGGAGGCCAAUUCGUUAAUGGUGUCGCUGCGGGUAUCAGGUGUCUACAGGGGAGCUCCAACAUACGAUCUUCAAAAGGUGCACACAGUGAAUGAGUUAUCACUUCCAGCACAAACGCUACCGCUCGAGGAACUGGCCCAGAAAUACUCACACCUAAGGGGCCUGCCGAUAGCUUCUUAUGUUGGAGUGAAGCCACGAAUCCUGAUUGGUAUGGACAAUAUCCACCUGGGAAAACCGUCACGGUGCGCUGAAGGGAGCUUUGACGAACCAAUCGCCGCAAAGACGAGACUUGGAUGGACUGUGUUUGGUCCAUGUGCUACACCGACAACCAUGAAAUACUGCUCACCACGAUGACGGAGAUUGAGAUGAUGGUAAACUCCCGGCCGCUGAC